AUGGAUGAUUCAAGGAGUUUUUCACAAACUAUUAAUUUGAUUUUGCUUUGUUCUUUUCUGUUUGGUCUUCAAGAUCUUGCUCUUGCUGAUCCUCCCUACCCACUUUGUUCAAACAAUACUAUCAAUAAUUCAUUAAAUAGUUCAUUUCAAACUAAUCUCAACAAUCUCCUUUCUUUACUACCCUUAAACGCUUCUGUCUCCAAAUACAACAAUAUCUCUUACGGGAAUGGCACGGAUAGAGUUUAUGCUCAGUACAUGUGCCUCGACUAUGUUACAAACGAAAACUGCCAAGACUGCACCACCGCUGCUUCCCAGGCUAUCAUGAAUCUUUGUCCUAGCAGAACAGAAGCAGUCGUAUGGGAGGAAGUUUGCCAAUUGCGCUACUCAAAUACUAACUUUUUUGGCCAAUUGAAUGUUGCAGACAACAUUGGCAAAGAUAAUGUUCUUAAUAUGUCUGAUCCAGUACACUUUCAGUCUACUGUGGAUGACAAGCUGCGAAAUCUUACCAAAAUAGCAGCCUUUAAUUCUUCAGCAAAUAUGUAUGCUACUGGAGAAGAACCAUUUGCGACAGAUGACAUCGUGUAUGCUCUGGUGCAGUGCACCCUGGACUUAUCCCCAGAUGACUGUAACAAAUGCCUUGAGGCUGCCAUAAAAGAUGUUUCAUCUAUAUGCUAUGGUUCUCGUGGGGCACGAUUACUUAGUCGCAGUUGCUAUCUUCGGUAUGAGUUAUACGCCUUCUAUGAAGGCGCCAAUGAAUCCUCUGUUCCUGCAAAAAAUCAACCGACAUCAGCAGGCGGUGGAAGGAAAAUAUGGGUGAUUGUAGUUCUUACAAUAGGAUCAGCGUUUUUGGUGGUAAUGCUACUGGUUUCCACUCUAUACAGUGUUGCAAUGAAAGGAAAUCGAAAAGUUCAACUGCACAAUAUUGGCGACCCUCAUAACAAAGAUUUCCAAGAACAGUAUUUUGAAGGUUUGGAUGAGCUAAAAGUUCACGACGCUUCUUUUGAUUUGGCAACCAUAAACUCAGCUACUUAUAACUUCUCUAAUACAAAUCUGCUUGGACAAGGUGGUUUUGGACCUGUUUACAAGGGUGUACUACCUGGUGGAAAGGAAGUAGCUGUCAAAAGGCUUUCAAGCUUGUCUGAACAGGGUACUCUGGAGUUCACAAAUGAAGUCCUACUGAUUUUGAAACUUCAGCACAAAAACCUUGUCAGGCUUCUGGGUUUCUGUGUGGAUCAACAGGAAAAGUUGCUUGUUUAUGAAUUUAUGCCCAACAACAGCCUUGAAGUUGUCCUCUUUGAUCCAAAGAAACGUGCACAACUCACUUGGAGCAAACGUCUUAGCAUUAUUAAUGGAAUCGCAAGGGGAAUUCUUUAUCUACAUGAGGAUUCACGGCUUAGGAUCAUACAUAGGGACUUAAAAGCUAGUAAUGUCUUGCUAGAUUUUGACAUGAAUCCAAAAAUCUCAGAUUUUGGAAUGGCUAGAAUCUUUGCGGGAGCAGAAGGUGAAGCUAAUACAGCAAGGAUAGUCGGAACCUAUGGAUACAUGGCUCCAGAGUAUGCCAUGGAGGGGUUAUAUUCGAUUAAGUCCGAUGUUUUUAGCUUUGGAGUACUCUUGCUUGAGAUAAUUACUGGCAGGAGGAAUGCAGGCUUUCAUCAAUCAAAACGGGCCCCCAACCUCGUAGCAUAUGCAUGGCAUCUAUGGAAUGAAGGGAAUGCUCUGGAAUUGAUGGACCCAUUACUAACCGAUGGAUUGCCAGAUGAAUUUUUAAGAUUCAUCCAUAUUGGACUGUUGUGUGUUCAAGAAGAUGCAUUUGAGAGGCCUACCAUGUCAUCUGUUGUCGUAAUGUUAAAAGGUGAAACUGUGACACUAGCCCAACCUCAACAACCUCCCUUCUCUGUGGGAAGAUUUGCUGAGCAUCAUCAAACGCUCACUAGAAGUUGCUCUGUCAAUGGUUUAACGAAUUCAAGUAUUGCACCUAGAUGAUUGACCAUUGGAAGUCCAGUGAUGCCAGAAAUUCAAUAUUUUCUUGAACUAAAGGUUUCUUGCUUUCUGCCUAUGAUGUUAAAUUCAUCUGGAAAUUCAAUACUAGUGUUUUCAUCUUUAAGGUUUUGAAUAAAAUGAUAAA